UUCCGUUUGCGGCAAACUAUUACUUCCGGGUUACACAUCGAAGGAGGGGUGUGAUGAUGGAAAAAUGAAGUUUCGUGAUUUUCGAGGAAGGCGAAAGGAAAUUUUUGAGUUUUCUUUGGUUUUCUUUUGCAUUUUGGUCACCCUGCUGCACAGAUGGCUCACUGCACGUGCACAGCUUCGUGGGACGUCGCUGCAGGCUCCGUAGGUUUGAGCAGCGUUCUGAGCUACGCGUGGACAGAGAGCGACGAAUCAGAAAGUAGUGAAGACUGCAGCAAAGAUGAAGACCAUGAUGGCACCAGCUGUACCAACCCACCCCAGCCACUUAUCUUACAGCCAGCUGACUCGGACACACCCACUUCCUGUGAAGUACAGAUUGCAUGUAGAGAGCCCACCAGUGCAGAGAUUGUAGGCCUGGCAGUCGUCAGUAGUGCUCAUCAUAUAGAGAUAUUCACCAAGGAUGGCUACCAAGCAACCGGCAGAGGAGAGGUGGUCUGUAAACCAGGGAAUGGAAGUUCUUGCCAACAGACAAUGUACCAUGCCGAAAUUGACCUUAAUUAUCCUGUGACAGAUCUGUCCAUCAGGUUUGUUACCCUGGCGGACAGGUCAUGCCUGGUUGUGUACAUCAUCGAGGUAGUGUUGUCUCCAUGUAAGCUGACCAUGCCGGGGAGGGUGGACCACAGGAAGGUACAUCAGAUGUUAGGGGAGUCAGGGGUGGAGCUGUCUGAUGGAGCAAGGAAACUCAUGACACUGGUGGAGUCACAACAACAGAAUCAAGGAAACGCAAUGGGUCAACAGACAUCCAACAUGGCCGCCCUUCUACCCCUUCUUGGGAUGUUCACUAAUACCAUGGGUGGUCAACCCUCUCCUACAGCUGCCCCUCCCAAACGUCCUUCACAAGCUGAUUCCCAAGGUCAUCCAAGCAGCACGUCCAGAACACCCGUAUCCUCACAGACUGACAUGCAGGGCGGUGACUUUUCAGACAUGUUGCAGAAACUAGCAUUAUCAGACCAAGCAGGGGCAACAAACAUGAACGGUGAUCUCAUGUUCUCCAUGUUGCAAAAUGUCUGCAAAGAGGUCGGCAAAAACAGACAAACCUCAGAUGAACAGGUUUUUACUAAGGAAAAGGAAACUCCUAGCUUGGACGAUAUGGAUGUGGGAGAUGCCAGCUGCCAAGAUGAACCAAGAAAAGAUCUAGUGUAUGAGACCAACGAUAGUUCAAGGUUAGUUAUACCCCCAAGCGGAGUAUAA